AUGGAUUUAAUAGAGAUGGACCAUUUAUGGAUGGUCCACGUGGCUAUCCAGUGUAUCCAGACUACCCUCGUCAAUGGCACUGGUGAGAACCAGACUUCAGAAGAUGACCAACAGUGCCUCUAUUUUGUGGGAAACUCUCUUGGGGCGCAACCGAGGGCAGUUCGAGAGUAUGUCAAUGCCCAGUUUGAAACCUGGGCCAGUAUCGGUGUAAAGGGCCACGAUACGAAAAUCUCUAACUCGCCACUUACUCCAUGGCAGGAUCUGGCUGAAGAUUGCGCCAAAAAGUCGGCAGAUCUCGUUGGUUCCUCGCCCCACGAGAUUGUUAUUAUGAAUACCCUGACAAUCAACCUGCACCUUCUAAUGGCGAGCUUCUACAAGCCAGAUGCAAAGCGCUUCAAGAUUAUACUGGAAUGGAGGCCGUUUCCGAGCGAUUACUACGCCAUUGAAAGCCAGAUUGCGUGGCAUGGUCUGGACCCAGCGACAUGUAUGAUUAAGAUUGAGCCUGACAAUCCUAAAGGCAGCCUGAUAUCGACUGAGCUUAUACUGAAGACGAUUGAUGAAAAUGCACAUGAUACAGCCCUUCUGUUGCUGCCCGGUAUACAGUAUUACUCAGGCCAACUUUUCGACAUUCCCAAAAUUACAGCCCAUGCUAAGGCAAACGGUAUCAUCGUUGGCUGGGAUCUAGCCCAUGCAGCCGGAAAUGUAGAGUUAAAACUGCAUGACUGGAACGUUGACUUUGCCUGUUGGUGCACCUACAAGUACAUCAAUGCUGGCCCGGGUGCCAUCGCCGGCGCCUUUAUUCACGAGAGAUACGGCACGGUUGACCUGACGGGUGAUAAGGCGUCGUACCGCCCUCGUCUGACAGGCUGGUAUGGUGGUGACAAAUCGGUCCGCUUCAACAUGGACAACAAAUUUAUCCCAACGCCAGGUGCGGCAGGGUACCAGACGUCGAAUCCAUCAGCCAUCGACCUGGCUAGUCUGUCUGGUGCGUUGUCUGUUUUUGGGAAGACUUGCAUGAAGGAGCUGCGAGACAAGGCGCUGGUGCUUACUGCGUAUGCAGAAUACCUGCUUGACGAGAUAAUAAAUCAGGCUCAGGAUGAUGGAAGGGGACCGCUUUUCAGUAUAAUAUCACCGAGAGAUCCGCUGCAGAGGGGGACGCAACUUAGUGUAUUGCUGCGUGAGGGGCUGUUGGAGUCGGCUUCCCAGGUAUUGGAAGAAAGCGGUGUGUUGUGUGAUAAGCGUAAGCCGGGGGUGAUUCGCGUUGCUCCUGUGCCGCUGUAUACGAGGUUUGAGGAUGUAUGGAGAUUUAUGCGGAUAUUCAGGAAGGCGCUAGGUCUUGAGAUGGCAGCAUGA